AUGAAAGCCGAAAUAUCAUGUUCCCGGAGAAAGAGAGACUUCCUUCGUGGUAUUCCAUCACACUGCUGGUGUGGAAGCCCUGUCUCGGUAUUUGUUUCGAAGACAACAAGGAAUCCUUUUCGAAGAUUCUAUCGUUGUGAAGUAGCUAUGAUGAGAGAGGGUGAAGCUCAUCUCUUCAAGUGGUUUGAUGAAGCUUUGGUUGAAGAGGUUUCAAUGGUUGAAGCAAGACAGACCACUGUUGAAGAAGAUUUAGAAGCAAUGAUUACUACAGAGUUUAGUGGAACUAAUGGAACCCGUGAAGUCAGAGAGAACACUGGAUGUGUAGCUGCUAUUUCAUGGCUUUGUUGUAAGUUUUGGUAA